UCCGUGGUUCUAGCAUCUGGGCACAGUAGUCUCCCAGGGCUCCUUACUAUGGACCCCAUGUGACACCGGUGGAGAAGGUGUGGCUGCAAUGUUCACUCAAUCUCUUAAUGCGUUCAACCACUGAACCAUGGGGGAGUCAUCCCAGGAGAAAAGAGGGGCCGAUGUCAUCACUGUACAUCCAAACGAAACUGUAUUGGCAGCACUUCCCUUCGGGCCUCAUGUCUCUCUGCUGGAUUUCCUAAAGGGAGAGCCAAAAAUCUUGGGGGGUAUCCAGAUCUUGCUUGCUCUGAUCAUGGUGGGCCUUGGAACUGUACUUCUAUUUGGUUACAUCAGUUUAUCUAAAAUCUUCCCCCUCAUUUUUCUCUCGGGAUAUCCGUUCUGGGGAGCAUUUAUUUUUUUUCUUACAGGAAGCGUCACAGUAAUCAAUGAGAAAUUAAAAAAUACGGAGAUCCCAGGUAUCGUUACCAUGAAUGUCAUCAGUUCCGUGGUGGCAGUGGCCGGGAUUGCUCUCAUCCUCAUCAGCUUCACACACCAACACAAGUUCUGCCAGAUGCUUUCUCUUGAUGGAUCAUGUGUCCUCGGUAAAACAUUUUUCAUUGGAAUUUUGUCAAUCUUAUUAAUUAUCACCAUGGCAGAGCUUGGCAUCUCUGUGACUAUCGCAUCCUUCAGAAGCAAGUUAUGGACAAGUUCAGAUGAGGUUGUGUUUUUCUUACCUUCAGAUGUUACUCCAAAUAGUGAACAACUUGACCCAGAAGAAAAUACUGUAUUACAAUUUGAGCUUCAAGAAGAAUCUCCUAGGACUGAUAGGACAUUAAACAGACAAACUGUUUUCAUUGGAGGCUAUUCUUUCUUCAAGUUAAGGGUUUUAAAAAGUCCUUUAGUCCACCAUUGCAUGUUGCCAACAUGUAAUAAGUGUAAGGGUAGUAAGAGCACAUCUUCUGCACCUAUUCCAGAGGAAGAUAAUCUGAAUGAUCAAGACAUGCAAUAUGUUAUGACACAAUCCACCCAAACAGAAACUCAGUUACCUCAGAAAAAAGCCUUACCCACCAAAGAUUUUCUAGCCCCGCCCAUGCAAACAUUCCAAGCUUUGCCUGCUGAUGACUUGCCAUCUCAGGCUGUACUAAUAGAAGCCCCUCCUGAGCCAGUUAUGCUAUAUGCAACCCCACCAUCGCAUAUCAGCCAAUCUUUCGAUCUGACAUUUGAAGACAUGCCCUCUCAAGAUGUGCUCACUGAAGAAAGACCAUCCCAAGACACAAUUUUCCAAGAGAUAGCAUCCACACAAACAACAUCGCAAGACACGGUCUACAAUGCUCUGUCAGCACAGGCCACCCCAUCCUACUCCAUAAGGUCCUCUAAGAUAAAACAGCCAUCCCAAGAUCUUGAACCUCAACGCCAGCAAUCUUUAGAAAUGCUAUAUAGAGACAUUCGAGCAGAAGUCAUGGAACAGACCCGGGAAUGGAAAUCUCAGGACCAACACCCAAGACACUUUUUCUCAUUCCAUAAACCCAGAGAUGGGAAGCACCACCGAAAAAGAUUUUCCUUAGAACUGCCAGGAAAAAGCAAGCAAUCCCCAAGGAGAUAUUCUUUAGACCUACAAAGCAAAGGUGGGCAGUCUCUAAAACGGAAAUCCCUAGACCAGAAAAUCAAAGCCUGGCUAUCUGCAAGGAGGCAGUCUCUAAAAAAGCAAGCUAAAUAUACCCAAACCACAGGACAAUUCUCCGAGGAGUCAGCUGAACAUCUUCAGACAAAAGGGAAGCCAUUCCCGAAGGAACAAUCCAAACAUACAGAAGAUAAAGGACAGCAGGUGUCUAUGGAGCAAAUCCCUAAGAAACAAACUCAAGUCAAACAAGCUGAAGAUCAGCAGGUUCAAGAGGAAGAAUCCCCAAAGGAACAAUCUCAAAAUAGGCAAGCCAAUACCCCGCAAGUUCAAAUAAGGAAACCUUUAAAGCAGAUGUACCAAGAUUCGGACACCUCAAGCCAGGAACACAAAGAUGGGCAAUUCCUCCCAAAGCCAUCUCUGCAAUGUGGAAAACAGAAUUGGCAAAACUUUAACCAGCAAUCUGAAGACCGGAGAGGUCAAGGGAGGAGAAACAAAGAUUGGAUCGCACGAGACUGGCAAUCAGAAAAGCAGCAUGCCCUACACCAGAAGACCCUAGAGAUUUUAGAGAAACAAUCUCUAAAGCAGAAAGGUCUGUGCCAGAAAAUCCCAUCCCAGGGCACUCCAGCCCAAUAUAACCUAAGCAGGCAAUUUCAAGGAAAAGACCAAAAAGAGGCUCAAUCCAAAGUUGCACUAGAAGAAGAUAAGCCAAUGAAAGACACCAAAGAAGGGAAGCCAACGAAUUUGCAACUAGAAGAAAUGAACCCAGAUUUCCAACCUUCUUCUAGCCACAGUUUAGAGCAAGACACAGAUUUAAACUAUUUGUCCAACAUAGAUUCAGAACAAGAGGUAGAGCAUUAUGCUUCAGCUAGCUCAAACUCAUACAAAGAUGUGAAUAUAACUUCUAGCUCAUGUUGGUCAAAAGAACAACCGCAAUCUGAAGAGUCUGACUAACAGGCAGAAUCUACCCAACUAUCACACUGCCCCCAACAAGAGAAGCUAAAUGAAGGAGAACAACAGAGUCUUUCCUAUGUUCUCAACUGUGGUCGCCAUCUAAUUCGCUCACCAGAAGAUGAAGAGCACACAGAAAACUCCAAAGAAUUCAUUCUUAUUAGAACAAAAUGACAACAAAUGACAUGUUAAUACUAUAUCGGAAUUUUCUGGGAGUGAAGGAAUAAAUCGCGUGUCAACUUUUGUUGUCUAAAUAUUUAGUGUUUCAAUUGAUAAUCACCAAUUCAUUUUAGAACUUAACACUUCAUAGACGACUUUCCUGCGGAGCCAACAUUUUUUGGCUUCCUCCUUUGUGUCCUAGAGAGAGUCAGAAAGUCAACUAGAAGUUUUCAGGACCUAGAGGUGUUCAAGAAUCAGAAGAGUCAGGAAUAAAACUCACCCCCAUCCUUCCUGUUUUGGUAUUUCCACGUCUCCCAUUUAUUCUCCUUCCCCGAACUUGUGUCAAGGAUAUAGUACCUAGGUUGACUCAGUGUUCAACCAGAUGGAAGGUGACAAUAAAGACAGGAUGCGUGGAGGGGGGUGAACAACACAUACCUAGAGACAGGAAGGUAGGGGGAAGGGAAGGGCAGAGGUACGGCUGUGAUAAAGUGCAAUCACCUGUAAUGUGCUAAGUGUUGCUCUAGGUCCCUUUCCUACACCUGUAUUCACUCCUAGUUUCUCAGCCCAACAUGAUUUCAUUUCUGUGAAGAGAUUAUGUUAUCAAAAGCCAUCAAUUAUCCUCCAUAUUUUUCCUCUUUCCUCCUCUCGGAUCUACCUGCCCUUUCCAAUAAAUAUCUGGAAAUAUC